UCUCUCAUAGUUGGGCCUGCAUCAAGUAGAGGCUUCUAAUUCCUGAAGUGAAAUCCUCUUAGGAUCUAUUUCCGUUAGGUCUAUAGCGUCUUUUUUGAAAUCCUCAUUAGAGCUGCGCUCAUUGGCUGGACAGAACUCACAACAAGCAGCGACAGACAAUUCUGUGAAGUCAAUCGGGCGCAGACCACUGUGAAGUUACUUCAAGAUAUUGUCGUGAAAGAAACAUGUUUGACCAGAUUGACCUGGAAGAAACGGCAACCCACACGGGUCCCAAGGGUGUUAUCAAUGACUGGAGGCGGUUCAAGUUGGAGAGCAUGGAGCAGGAAAACCUGCCUCCCGCAAAACGGGAACUGCUCCGACAAAUGUCAUCCCCUCAUCGGACAAAGGAGGACUCCAGGGCAAAUCUUAACCGCAAGAUGAGCGUGCAAGAGUACGAAAUGCUCAAGGAAGAAGACGAGGGCUGUCUUAAAAAAUACAGAAAGCGCUGCAUGCAGGAGAUGCACGACAAGCUCAGCUUUGGUCCCAAGUUUGAAGGAGUCCACGACCUGGACAGCGGGGAGGCCUUCCUGGAAGUCAUCGAGAAGGAACAUCACAGCACGGUGGUGGUGGUCCACAUCUACAAGAUCGGAAUCAAAGGCUGCGAAGAGCUCAACAACUGCCUCGACUGUCUGGCCGCAGAAUAUCCCACCGUUAAGUUCUGCAGGAUUGACGCCGUUUCCUCAGGUGCUGCUGAGAGAUUCUCAGAUGAGGUGUUGCCUACGCUUUUGGUCUACAAGGCAGGCGAACUGCUCGGGAACUUCUUGGCAUGCAUGCAGCACUUAAACGAGGAGUUCUUUGCCACAGACGUGGAGACCUUCCUCAACAGUUACGGUUUGCUGCCGGAGAAAGAGCUGCCGGUGCUGGAUGAUGAAGAGGAGCAGGAUGUGGAGUAAUUUGUAGCUGCUGAGGAACCGAAAAAAAAAGCUUGUUUGGGUGCUUGGAUGUAGACUUGAUAAGCACUAUUUACAGAUUUGGAUUCAAAUUAGAAUAGCAGCAUCACCCAAACAAAAGCCAAAAGCAUUUUAUGUUAACCAAUAAGGUAAUGUUUUGUUUUGAAAUAUUUGACCUUCCAAGUGCAUCAUGCAACAUUUGAAAGUGUUUUAGCGCUUGACUGGAUUGAUUUAUAAAUUCUGAAUUUAUACUCAGGUCCUUCAAACUGUUUUGAUAGUUAACCAAAGGGCUGUUUCUAGAAAAAAAAAAAAAAACUUACCAAAGAAA